ACUCAGCGGUUGGACGGCCGGUUGCUCUAUAAUAGGAUAUUCUGUAUACCUCCUGUUUCAGAAAUAGAAAGAGCUAGAAAGGCGGCGGGAGGUUAAUUUGAGUCGCCGGUUUAGGGGAAACGGUUAAAGUAUUUAAUAAGGGGAUAACAUUUUUAAAAAGGGGGGUAUUUUACACCAGUUUCCAUCGCAGUGUGCAGGGAAAUACUAUCGACUGAAACCCAUGGUAAGGGAUUAAACGGUGACGCAGAAGGAAUUAAGUUGGGAUCCCAUCGGUAGGAGCGCAUAACGCAAUACUAGUCGCCGCGUUGCAGCAACCUGUGUGGACGAAAAGAGAGACUCACGUCUGUAAAAAAACUGCGAGCAGUCAGAUACACGAGUUGUAGAAGGGAAUGGCAUUGGACUUCGUAGCUGGAUGUCUCGGAGGUUCUGCUGGUGUCAUAGUAGGACACCCGUUUGACACUGUCAAGGUGGGUUCAAAACCUAAAUGUUUGAUUACCUGGAUUUAAAUUUUAUAGUAUCUGUGUAACUAUGUUCUAUGAAACAUUUCCAGAAUUAAAUAAAAAUAACAUUUUCUCCCUUAUUAGGUCAGUGAAGAAUCUGUUGUAUUUCUUUACAUGUGGAUAUAUGAUUGCAGGAAGCAUGCCUUAAUAGAGCUAGAAAUGUCAAUUAGCCUUAUAUUGUAUGUGAACUCUAAAAAUUAUCUGAAAGAAAUGAAUGCUUGCUUUCCAAAUUGAACCAAAUAAAAAUCAAAAGCACUCGGAUGCUAUUCUGAAGUAUUGACAUUGACUCUUGUCUUUUGGCCAUAGGCUGAAUGUUAGCACAGCUACUUUGUAGAACAGUUACUUCAUCUUAUAGACGGUUUUGUGAUGGUUUACUGUGCUCAUGUCAUAUAAUAAGAAUGUCUCGCAUAGAAAAGCAAUAUUCUCUUUUUAUUAUACAUUAACAAAAACACUGUUGAGGUCAAGGUCUGGUAUAAUUUUCACAAUAUGAGCGGUUUCUGUUUUAUUAAACAAUAUUAUACUGCAUGCAGUCCCUUAAUAGCUAUGACACAAGCUUCUCUGAACUGGUGAACAUAAUGGAAUGCGUCUUAUAUUACAGCACUUAAUAUCAUAUUAUGUAUAUACUGUAUAAUUCAGAUGCCUAGACAAUAACUGCAUGGUAAAGUUAUCAUGUGAGUUACAGUGAAAACAGUUAAUCAGCUUGUUUAAAGAACCAAGCAAUAUACCUAAAGGUCUUCUUCCUAAUACCCUCCCUUGUCCUCCCAGGAAUAACCAGCCAACUAACAUGCAAACUGCACUAUGUGUAAAUUUACCAUUAGCAGAUGCCACUUCACUAUCUGUUGUUGAAAAGUUUAGUGCAAGUGCGCUACUUUGUCUUCUCUAUUUCUCUUAACAUUUUUAGGGGUCUGUAUUUUUGAAUGUUAUGUUUUGUUAACUCCAGGACUCCUCUGUAUACAAGAUGCCCCACCAGACUUUCCGGUAAAAUUAAUUUUAAAUAACAGAGUAUUUUGUUUGUUUUUUGUACAGAAAUUUUAAAGGCGAAAUGCUAUGAGGCAAAAACAUUAAAAAAAAAAAACUAAAUAUAAUAUAGAAAUCUUUGACAACGCCACAUUUAUAGCUGUACCUGUGGUUUAAAAAUGCAGAUUCUAAAGCUCUCCCGAAAUAACUAGUUUUUGUUGUGAAAGUGCUGAGUUCUGCAGGGCUGUUAAAGGCACUAGUUCAGUUUCUAGGUCCACUUAGGACUGCUUUGUUCUGCUGACUGGCAGCUAUGAGGAGUGUUUUCCUAUUCUCUUCUUCCUCAGUCUGGGGUUUUGUUAAGCACGUGGUGUAUGAGCAAGGGGUCAAAGGGGCUGUUAGUAUUUAUGGUACUAAGUAUAACAAUACAUUAGAUGAAUGUGCUCCAGGUGAACAUAAGCUCUUUAAGUUAAGAAGAGAAAUAAAACACCUCACUUCAGUGUGGUUUUAUUACAACCCAAUACACUGCAUUUCGGCAGUUUUAAGUGAUGAGCUCACUGAAAGCUUAAUGAUUCUGAUGUUGUGUUCCUUAGGCAAUCUGAUGCUGGAAUACUUGAACUGGGACGGUACCGUCCUGAAAUAUUUAACUUUCAUAGGAUGCCUUCCUCCAGCUGAGCAGAGCCACAGAAAUUCAUGUUGCAAUCCCCAGACUGAGGGUAGAGACUGGUGUACAUGGAGGUGUAAUGAUGUAGCGCCAACGAAAUUGCAACCUUGUUGCUUUUCUUAAAAAAGCCAAGGUUAAGAAUUGUACCUAGCUUGAGAGUAGAAAUUAAAACUGGAUCAGGCGUAUUCCUUGACCUACUGAUGCAAUGUAUCAUGUUUAUUUUAUUUUUGUCCCAUUUUGCUUUUUUGCCUUUAACUGCCUUUAUCUCUGAGCCAGGGGCUGUCUUCGUUAACAGCAAAAGUGUUACUUUGUUGUAGAUGAGGGAUAAACCUCUUCACGGGAGUGUAACCUAGUUAGACUCCAGGUUCAGAAUGUUGACAAGCCUCUGUAUCGGGGGACUUUUCACUGUUUCCAGUCUAUUAUAAGACAGGAGUCUAUGUUUGGGCUGUACAAAGGCAUUGGCUCACCCAUGAUGGGGCUGACCUUCAUCAACGCCAUUGUGUUUGGUGUGCAAGGUAAUGCAAUGCGGCGGCUGGGCCAGGACACCCCGCUGAACCAGUUUCUGGCUGGCUCAGCAGCGGGGGCUAUCCAGUGCAUCAUCUGCUGUCCGAUGGAACUAGCCAAGACUCGCAUGCAACUGCAGGGCACGGGAGAGAAGAAGUCCAAGAAGCGCCUGUACAAGAAUUCCCUGGACUGCCUGGUGAGGAUCUACAAGAAGGAGGGGGUACGGGGCAUCAACCGGGGCAUGCUUACCACAUUGAUCCGAGAGACCCCAGCCUUCGGGUUCUACUUCCUCACUUACGACAUCCUGACGCGGUCCCUGGGCUGUGAGCCCGAAGACCGUUUCAUGAUCCCUAAGCUGCUAUUCGCCGGAGGCAUGUCAGGCAUCGCCUCCUGGCUCUCCACCUACCCUGCUGACGUGAUCAAGUCCCGACUGCAGGCCGACGGGGUCGGGGGGGUCAACCAGUACAACGGCAUUGCGGACUGCGUGCGCCAGAGCUGGCAGAAAGAAGGCUGGAGGGUGUUCACGCGAGGGCUCACCUCCACUCUGCUGCGCGCCUUCCCCGUCAACGCCGCCACGUUCGCCACUGUGACUCUGUUCCUCAUGUACAUGAGGGGAGAGGACGAGGGGCUGAAGGACUGCGAGCCGGCUCCCGCCCUACAGCAGCAGCAGCAGCAGCCCUCAAGCCUGUGACUGGCGCCCCCGUCCUGGCCCUCUCCAACACCACAUCGAGCCCCUUCCACGAGCUGCGCUAGCCAGGCUGACCUCCAGAGCUUUUACCCAACUAAUGGCUUUUUGAUGGAGUCUAUUUUUAUAAAGUGCAAAUGGGGAGUGAAAUGGUGAUGUAAAUAGUCUCUCCUUUGUUGCUUUUGUUUCCCAUAUAAAGCAGCCUUUUUUUUAUUCAUAGUUCUCAUCUCAUUUUGAAAGUUUUUUUUCUAUUUUUGCCUUAUUUAGAAUAUAAACAAUUUACUGGAAAACAAAAGCCAGCCCCAGCUUGUAUACAGGUAUUUCAGUGUUCUCUGCCUGUUCUUUUAUCAAUGUUGCAUUCUUUCUUCUAUUAAGAAGAAAAGUAAUCUAGUCAAAAACUCUUAGCUACAAAGCAGCUAUAAGGUGUUACUUUAAAUGUAUUUUUUCUGAAAAGACAAAAUAUUAGGAAAUAUCACAUAUGUAGUUCCUCUUUUAUCACACUCUAAAAUUCCACUAAUGCAGCAUGAAGGAAUCCUAGUAGUUCCCCCAGAUACUUGACUUGGAAAGCUCCCCUCCGACAAAAUGUGCAGUGUUGAGCAGGCUCAAGUGACUGCAUUUUUAUUUUGUUCCAUUUCAUCUGACGGAUGCAAUUAAACACCACUUUGUACAUUUUUAUGUAUGAAUGCUCUAUUAAGUCAGGCACUCACUCCCCAGCUCAGGGCAGUGUAAUCUGAAUAGACUUUAUUUGCCCAUUUAUGCCACAGUGGUCACAUGGUAACAGUACAGGGGCUGAAAUGUCUCUUAAAGGCAUUGUUAAAAUUGUGCUUGAAUUUUAAAGGAUUUGAGUUUAGCUUUCCAGAAAUCUCUACAGUUCUCAUCCAUGUCCAUAUACUGCAUUCCUCAGUCCCAGCUGUUUCUUACUCAUGCUUUGCAAUGAUCACAAUUCCACUUUUUCUGGUAAAGUAUUAUCAAAUUAGUCCCCUCUUGAACAACAUUUAGUGUUUUAAUGGAAUUUCAUUGCUCCCAGGAGUAUGCAUUCCUGGGUUGGGUUUGGUCUAAAGUGGGAGCAAGAAACUAUCAUUGAGUUCUGUUUCUCUGUAUUUAACUGUAAAAAAACAACAACCUUCAAAACCACAGUUGAACUGCAAAAAUAAGACAUUCAUAACUAAAAAUCUCAGAAUUGUUUGAAAGUCUCUGGAAUUGUAUAUCCUGUUAAACUAUGUGCAAAGGUAUAAAAAAUUAUCCUAGGAUUCUGACUUUCACUAUCUAGACCUGCAUCUUUGUUUCUGUCCAUAUACUAUGGAUGUGGGUAGUUGUCUCAAUAUUGGCGGCUCUCCCAAAGAGGCGCACACUGAUAUAGACACUGGCGCAUUUUACAAGUUGAAUGUUACCAUUGAAACAAACUCACAACAGCCAUACUUCAGUUGCCCUUGAGUUCUAGCUCUGCUUUUUUUCUAAUUGGAGACAAUAUACCAUGGUAAAAUUACCAAUUUCACACAAUGUAAUGAAUGGUGCUCUUUAAAAAUAUUGAUCAGUGUGUUGUAUAUUGUAAAUAUCAGGUUGAGGACUAUCAUCACUUUUUUCAAAAUUAUAGUUAAGACUAUAACUAUAUAGAAUUCAAGCAUUGUAUCUUUUAUGUAGUUCGAUGAACUAUGUAAAGAAUACAUACAUACAUGAGAGUUCUGGUUUAGGUACAUGGUUUGAGAAGAAUGCUAAGUUACAAUGUUUUUGUUAUAUAAACAAAAACAGAAUUUAAUAUUAUACAAAGCUUUUCAAUUUAUUUCCCUUUGAUAUUUCUGCCUUUUUGGUUGGGGUUAAAACUGGAAUUGAAUCCAGACCAUCAAGGCUGCAACUGUGAAAUUAAAAGGAUUCAGAUUGUUCUCUGUAGAAUCAGAGGCCACUGCAGUUAGUUACUGUCGAGUAUGUGGAUGCUAUACAGUGGGGUCUGUGGUUGAUAGUUGAUUGAAGGAUGAAAUUCUCUGGACUAUAUGUGGUUCAGGGAAAGGUGCAAUAUGUCCAAGUGGUCAACUUCUGUUUGUGUGCGUGUGCUGCUUUUAUAUAUUUAAGGGUAAUUGUAAGGGAAGAAGCUGUAAAAACAAUAGAGCGUAUAUUUUUCAAAAUCAGCUGUUAAAUGUACUAGCACUUUUGAACUGUGAUUUUUGAAUUUAAGAGUUCUGGUCUCCUGUUACUGUGGGGAUAGUUUAUUUUAACCCUUUUUAAUGUUUUUAAAAUUGCAAUAAUUCCAGUGGGCUGAAUUGAUACGGGGAGACCACUGAUACUGUACAUGCAUCUCAGUUGGAUUUUGUUCAUGGACAUUGAAUGUUUGGCAAGAAUGACAAUGUACUAAAAGUUUAAAACGCCUUGUACCAAAGUAUUGUAUAAAGCCCAGGUAAAAAAGGUGAAAUAAAAUGGAAAAUUGUUUCUGAACUGA